UGAUCUUUUUCUGUAUUCCUUUAUGAUUCGUUUGUUUCUUUUCUGAGACUUUCCCAUUUAUCGUUUAUCAAUUUACAAAAGAGGUUCACAACACCCAGUCUCGUCGAGAUGUUUUAAGUGAGCAAUUAUGCCCGUGAAGUAACGAUGAAGAGUUUUUUUUUUUCUUUUUUUAGAAAAACUUUAACGUCUGCUAACUAAAAGAAUUGGCAAAGAAGCUACCUGGUUCUUGUCGUGAGAUUAUUUGUUUCGUGAUCCGCGACUCGACAAACCGUGAAACGUGAUGCACUAUCUGUACAACGCGGGAAUGGAGGGUUAGACCUUGCUUUGAAUAAAUUUUGAGUUGCAGCAAGGCGUCUCUUCAAAUUUGUAAAGGACGUUUCGUGAUCUGAAAUUUUACACCAGUGUUGCAGUGGAGGUGAAAAAAAUUCAUGAAUUUUCCGUGAAACGAGAUUCGAUCGUGUUUUAGAGCCCGCUGUGAAAAAUUUCCCAUUUGGAGCAUCUUCUCAAAUUGAUUUUUGAUAUCAUAAAUUUUUUUAAAGGGGAUACGACUCUCGUUUAAGUAAAACUUAAUAUGAAUAAAAUGAUGAUGCUGUUCAUCUUUUUCUAAACAUACGUACUCUUAAAGAAGCCGGUGUAGAAUAAAACCGUUUGUCAAAUAGUAACAUUCCGUGAGGUUCACAGGCCAACAGACUUCGAUUAGAUAUCAAUCAACUAAAAGCUAAACAGCUACUGCUUAUCUUGAUAAAGAAAAGAUUCAAAUACUGCUGCAGCCUGAGAAGUUCCCAUCAAAGUUCUUGAGACAUCCACGAUUUGACUUAUAACUGAAUUGAAUCAACAUCUUCAUGAUGGGAAAACUCAUCGCGUGCCUCGUUUUGUUGUUUAUCCUGGCUGAUUUCAAUUUUGGUGAGAACUCUAACCAACUUACACAACUAUUUGUCUGUCAUUCUUUUAUCACUGCGUGCUUUGACAUCCAUGAUAGUCUUAUCGUGCCUAUCGAGGCCAAUGGCAGAAUCGUGACGGAACUUACCCCGUUUUUCAGCUUGAAGCGACAUUGUUAGGAGCCUCGGAACAGUCUUUAAACUCCUCUAACACGGAGUAUUCGGCCAUUACGUUGGAGAAACUCAAUGGCCGAGCCUGGAUUCGUCCCAGACUUUUUGAUAAGAUUUCCGAUGCGCAACUGUGGCUAAUUCUAGACCAACAUAGGUCUCACGCUUCAUAGGAAUGAGGGCGAAGUUGUUGAACAAAAUGAAAAUACCAAUUUUACAAAAUUCUCGUCGUUAAGUUUACUUCCAUUUUCGUUUUAUAAAUUGUCAGUGAUUUCCAGGUGCUUACUAAUUAAUUCCAAAGAAUGUCUUAGCGCGCUUAAAACUAAAAGAAGUACCGCCAGUUUUUCGUCACAGUUCGAUACAGUCCAGUUUUUCGGGGGGCGGAGGGCUCUCAGUCUUACUGGUUCCUCCCUUCUGGUUUUACCGCUGUGUAAUGAGUCCUUUGACCGGAAGACAAAAAAACUCCAUAUGAUGAAAAAAACCCACUGUCUCGAGUUUAACAUGAGGUAAAAUAUUUCAGCUUACCCGAGAAGUAAUAAUUAACUCGAUGAUUCUUGUAGACCGCAUGCGAAUCUUAAGAAUCUGAUUGUUACAAAGAGAAACAUCAGAAGUGAAGUUAAACUCGAUUAAAGCUCACUCCUCAUCUGAAUUUUUUUUGCUGUUACAUGUUUGCAAGUUCACCUGAAACUGAUCAAAAACAGAUCUCUGUGUUUACAAGACGGAUAUCCUUGGGGAUGAAGGCUAUUGUCGUAUUAUGGCUAGGCGCCUGAACUUCUGUCUCUACUAUGCCGAGUUCAUGGAAAAAAACUGUGCCUUCUCAUGUUGCCGACAGGUGUGGGACGGUGAAGUCGCGACAAUUUUUCGGUAGCUUAACAUGACCGACGUAAAAGAGACUUUUCAGAUCUUCAUGGCUCUCCCUUCAGAUGAUAUAUGCACCGUCAAAAGAUUAUCACGCGAAAUGUUCGUGUAUCAACUGAAAUCAAGAGUGGAGCUCAAAGCUGGCAUACCGGCAAACAUUUUUACUUUGUUUUUUAUGAAUGUACAACUACGCGAUCAGGAUGCUUUGAAAACAUAUCACCUCAAACGUGGCUGUAUUGUUAGGGUCAAACUCGAACAGAACUACCUUGGCCUGUUUGAAGCGUGUUGGCGGGGAGAUAUUUACGAUGUUUUCGAGAACGGUGUUCAAUUUCUGGAUGAGGACAAAUUUCAAGGCUACGACAUAUCUCUUUGGAACAAAUUGGUUAUUCAACGCGCAACUUUCGCUUUGUUUAUCGCUUGCCACCGUGGUUACCUCGGUCUUAUACUAGAACUUAUCAACCGCGGAGCUACAGAUAUCAACGGUAAAACCGUUUUUGGAAGAAGCGCGUUGCACGUGGCGGCUUACCAGGGUUUUGUGGGCUGCGUGUCUCUACUGCUCAGCGAAGGCGCCAUUUGUAAUCAAAUAGACAUCGAGGGCAAAACGCCUCUGGCCUUAGCUAGUGAAAAUGGUCAUGUUUAUUGCGAAAGACGAAUUUGGCUUUAUCAAUGGAACCUACAUACCUUUCGCCCACAGUCUACGAGAAGCUUGACUAGAGAAUCAAGUGAGACAAUGGAAAAUUUAGGAAGAAAUGGGAAAUUCUCAGUACAUUCGACAAGGCUACAACUCAGUGGAAAAACGAGUGAUCAACUUGAUGAGAACAACAACAACGAGCAAGCUUUGUCACCCUCUCUCACCCUUCCACACGUGAUUAUUAACGAAGACAAGCCGAAUAUCAACGAAGACAAGCCGAAUAUCCGUCGGACUCAGAGUCAUGAGCAACGCCGAUCAAAUCCACUUCAUUUUCCCUUGAUGCAUAUCGCUGAGAAAUACCGAAAAGAGCUUCGGGACUUAAAAGAAGGUGGUCAACUGCCAGCACAUGCGCAAAAAGAAUCCAAAGAACAAGAGAAAAAAGAAACACCGGAACCAGAGACACUAGAGUUAGAGAACAUCUCGAAUGAUGAAGUAGAAAUUGUGAGAGAAGCAAACAACAAGGAUGAAUUGGAAACAGCGGUAAAUGGAGGCCUAAGGACUACAGAAGGCACUGUUUCAUCUACGAAUGAGAAGCAGGAUGAUCCUAAAGGAGAUGACCGUGACACUCCAGCGGAGACUAGACCACGUGACUUUGAGAGGCCACCUUCAGGAAGAUCGGAUGGAAUCCGCAAACUUGACAUACUGAUUUCCGAAUCGCGUGAAAAGUCUACCACUCGUGGACAGCAUGUGAGUGGAUCUGAAGAACACCACGAAACCGAGCACGAAAAUAACAUUCUUCGGGAAUAUUCGAUAAGGAAAUCUGCCCGCACUUUUGACGACUGGCUUCAAAUGAAACGAUCCCAAGAGAAGAAGAGACCCGACACUGCGCCUGCGCAGAAAAGUAGGCUCGGAAAGAGUAUCGACCCUGAAUCCUUUAAGAGAUGGUUGAACGGCAAACGGUCGCAGCGUUUCCACACAAAUUCCGAAUCUUCGACAUCAAACAAAAAGACAUUUAUCAGUUCCAGUGGUUUGACGUUUGAUCGCUGGCUGGAAACAAAGCUAGAAAAAAGACCCAUGAGCGCUAUGACUUAUGGAACGGAAUCACGAGAUCAAAGCGCGUCAGGGGAAGGAAACAAAGUGCGUAAACAAAUCACUUCUGGAAAAUCAUACGAAAUCUGGCUGGCAGAGAAGAAAGCCAGUGCUAACAUAACUAAAGAUUCAGAAAAUAACUGCGAGAGAGACAAAAAUACUUCAAAAGGCAGUGGAAAAUCCUUUGAGGUGUGGCUGCAGGACAAACAAAAGCAAAAACAAAUUGAGUUAGUCCAGAGGGUUACCACAGAAAAAGAACGAAAAAGACUAGAGGAGAUAGACCAGUUGGCAAAAUGGCUAAAUCCACAUUACAAGACUUACGAAGACUGGCUAGCAAUCAAGAACCACCAAGCUGUCCUAGAGCGACAGCGGGCUCAACAAGAACCGCAAAGAGAACAUGGGGAUGUCUCUUCAGAGGAAAAACAGAAAGACGCCAAAAUUGUUUUCAACAUCUGGCAAACAAUGAAAGCUCUUAAAGAACUUGAUGAAGAAGAAAGAAAAUACAGCGAGAUGAAAGCAAAGUGGGCUACAAAGAAAAAGGACGAGGCGCCUUUAAGAAGACUCAAUAUCUUUAGUAAAGGAACAAGAUGCAAGUUGAAAUCCACCUCGGAAAAAAUUUAACUAAGGACAAAUUACACGUAUGCUCUUCUUUAUUACGUAGUUUCAAAAGCCAUGGUCGAGCCAUAGUCCUUACUCUUCACUUCCGGGUGGGAGUUACCCCAUUUUGUAGGGUCACUGGUUAAAAAUAUUAGUUUGAUUUGAAAUGAAUUAGAGAAUUGUUUAUGGAAAAAGAUAUUGAGGUCAAAUUGUUUAA